AUGGUUCAGAUACAACAUCUGUCAAAACUUAUCAUUAGGACUAAGUCCUUGCAUAUUUUGGGUAUGACAGAUAUAGAAACCGUAGAUGAUGAAGGGUAUUAGGAAUUUAAAGGAGAUUGGGAAUCUAAAUCAAUGUUUAAUUGGGCUGAGAUGAAAUCGCUGAGUCUAACAUCGAUGAAAAUGCUGGAGGUUGAAUCUUAGCCAGAAGAGGAAGAUUAUAAUUAUCAAAGCUUUGUACAGCAUUAAGAUGUAAAAUGGGAAGGAGUAAUAGAUGAGUAUUGGGGAAGCUAGGUAUUUAGACAUACAAUUGACAAAAAUAGAUUUAUUUGUCCUAGUAAAGAUAUUAAAUACAACUCUCAGGAUCUGAAGGGAGAGGAGUUUCACAUCAAAAUUUAUGACACUUAGAGAAACAUGAACUAAAUUGUAAUCAAAUCUGAUUUCUCAAGCUACUAUCAACCUGGCAACCCAAACAAUCAAGUUGAGAUUGUCUUAUACGCUAAAAAUACCUCAACCUAUGAAGAAUACACCUUUAAGACUACUUAUAACUAAGAGUAUGUGGAUAAACUCUAGAAAUGGAUUUCUAAGAAACGCUACACUUGCAAGCCAGUAAUUGCCUCAAAUAAAAUCAAUCUGCAAGCAUAGGAUUCAGUUGAGUAUUUACAUCUAGUGAUUAAGAUCUUUACAUUCACAUUAAAAAAGGUAUCUAGAAAUGAUAUGGAUAUAUUAAAAGAUGAAUUCAAGGUGCUAAAGGAGUAGGAUAUACAGCUGCAGAAGGAAAUGAGACUGUUUAACUAUCAGUUCUUCAAUUAGAAUGAAAUCAAUCGUAGAAAGAUGGACUACCUCCUCAGUGGCACUCUUGGAGAUAACUACAGAGCUAAGAUUGUAGACAGCAUUGAAAAUCUUUAUGACAAGUAUGAAGGAGUCGGCUAUUAACAAGAGGAGGCAAUGAAUCAUGCAGGUGCUGGCAUCUCUUCUCAAUACUCUGGUGGUAAUAUGGGCAUGGGUAUGAUGAAUAAAUAAUCCAAGCAAAUGGAAGCAAUUAUAAUCGGAAAUGAUUUGAAUUAAAUCGAGGGAAGAGAUGCCUAAGGAAAUGGAGGUUAUGCUAACAAAAUGAGUAUUAUUCAAUUGGGCAAGUAUCAGAUGAGUCCAAUGCAAUUAUUGGAUAAGCACUCUGGAUUGAUGACUAGCUACUAUGCUUAUGAAAUAGAUCGUCAAGUAAAGCAUCAUGAAAAGUAUGAAAUUAUGAUAUCUAGACUACAGAAAGCUUUAUGA